AGGAAGGAGCGAACCCAGGGAGAGAGGCCACUCCGGCGCUGAAGCACCUGCUGCCUCGGAGGAGAUGCUCUCGCCCGCCGGGGACCUUUGAGUCAGCUCUCUGUUGACUCAGCCGUAAGCAGACCUCGGGAGCCCAAAGAAGCUGAAGGUGAAAGUUUCUCCUCCACCUCCUGCAGCGGAAAAAGAAAAUGCAUUUCUCAGAAAGGAGGCUCUUCACCCAGAUGUCCCGUUUCCUGGCACUGGGCUUCUUGAUGCUGUUUGCCACGGUGGUGCUGAAAUACACCCGCUGGGAGUGCGAGUUCAGCCACCUGGGCGAAGACACGGCGGAUCCUAGAAGCCAGUCCUGCAAGGACAGGCUGUACCAGACCCUCAGCCUUUCCCCCAACCAAGGGGGCCUCAACUGUUCUCGGGUCACCCGGGGGGACCCGGAUGCCGUGGAGGAGGCGCUGCUGAGCAGGCUGCGCCGUGAAAACAGGAGGGAGCCUUUAAAGGAGAAAGACUACCUGAACAUGACGAAGGACUGCAGGCUGUUCAAAGAAAGCAGGAAAUUCAUCCCGUUCCCGCUGAGCAAAGAGGAGGAGGACUUCCCCAUCGCUUAUUCCAUGGUGGUCCACGAAAAGAUAGAGAUGUUCGAGAGGCUCUUAAGGGCCAUCUAUGCCCCCCAGAACAUCUACUGCGUCCACGUGGACAAGAAGUCACCCAAAGCCUUCCAAGAAGCGGUCCAGGCCAUCGCCUCCUGCUUUGAGAACGUCUUUCUGGCCUCCAGACAGGAGACGGUGGUGUACGCCUCUUGGUCCCGGGUGCAAGCGGAUCUGAACUGCAUGGAAGACCUCCUUCGGAGCAACGUCCCCUGGAAGUACCUCCUGAAUACCUGCGGGACCGACUUUCCCAUCAAGACCAACGCAGAGAUCGUCCAAAGGCUAAAACUUUUGAAGGGGAGGAACAACAUGGAGUCAGAGAGGCCAUCGACAGGGAAGCAGAACCGCUGGAAAUAUCACCACGACGUGACGGAUUCCGUGGUCCAAAGCGCCACAGAGAAGAGGCCCCCACCUCAGAGCUCCCCCAUGUUCACCGGGAACGCCUACAUCGUGGUCACCAGGGAGUUCGUCCAACAUCUUUUCGAAGACCCGACAGCAAAACAGCUCCUGGAGUGGUGCAAAGACACUUACAGUCCGGAUGAACACCUGUGGGCUACUUUACAUCGGAUGCCCGGAGUUCCAGGAUCAGUCCCUUUCAAUGCCAAAUUUGACCUCACAGACAUGAACGCCAUUGCCAGGUUGGUGAAGUGGGUUUACAGCGAAGGAGACGUCAGCAAGGGGGCCCCGUAUCCCCCCUGCACGGGGGUCUCCCAGCGGGCGGUCUGCGUCUACGGGGUAGGGGACCUCCACUGGAUGCUCGCUCAGCACCACCUCUUUGCUAACAAGUUCGAUCCCCAGGUCGACAACAACGCCAUCCUGUGCCUGGAAGAGUAUCUGCGCCACAAGUCAAUCUACGGGAAGGACCUCUGAAGGAUCCGGGGGGGCCCUUCCCAAAGGGGGAACGCAACGGAGCUGGCGAGCAGGCAUCCUGCAUCGCACAAAGGCUAUAGACCUUGUAGUAUUUCUGACGAACUGCAAAGCCAGAAAGGUCUCCUUCUCGAGGAGACCCAAACUCCAGCAAUUUUGCAAAUGGAGAGGUAGGGAGAUGGCCUCGGUCCCUGGGGUGGAGGAAGGAAAGUGACUUAUGGACUGGAUUGUGCCCCAGCUUUUUCAAAACCUGCAGGGACGGCCACCUUUCUUAGACAUUUUCCUACCUUACGUGUUUGCCUGCAAGAGACAAAAAACCCUCCAGUUCAGAAGUGGUUUAUUUUUCUAAGAGUUUUUAUUUUUAUUUUAAAGAAGGCAUGUGAAGGGAGAAGUGUGUGUUUUGUUGUUCCUUGAGUUUCUCUGACUUAAUUCCCCUGCCACCCUGUAUGAUUUAUGCCUAAAUGCCAGGCAUUGUGCAUCAACACAGAUGACGUAAGAAGGGGAAGCUGUGAUAACCAUCGUUUGGCAGCGCCAGGUUGACGAUUUGGCCAUGGGCCCCAUUUCUUCAUCCGUCCCCAGACGGGUUUGUGUAAAUUACGGCAAGCCCAACCUUAUUUGUCUCUCUCUCUAGCUUAUUUCUCAAUACUGGAAUAGAAUUCCACUCUCCCCUUUUCUUGAGUGGAAAGUUCAACAGUAGGUUUAUUUUUUUUACAGCGCCAUCUUUCCUUACGGAAAGAAGAAACCAGAAAGGCUGUAAACCCCACUUUCAAAAGAAAGGAGAGAAAGCGGCUCAGAUUUUUAUUGCUAAAUGUAGGGCACCGUCCCUCCCCAUCGGCCUGCGAGAACUCAUAGGUCUUCCUUCCUGGCCGUACUCCAACUUACUCAAGGCCUUGCUUUGCAGCUCCCGCUCCGGCAACAGGGGGAAGGGUUAGGCCCCGAGUCGCCACCCGCUCAUCCAUUGAAGAAACCCGCUCAGAGUCCUCCUUUGGGGAAGCAGGUUUCCCCAAUGAGCAAGCCGAGAAAAAGGGGGCGGGCUGUAGGUAGCAAAGCUCUUUGCCACCCCUGCAUCUCCAUGAUGGAAAGAUAAAAAAAUUGGUAACUGUUGGGCUGGGACACGUAACAACAUCCUUUCCAGGUGGGUAGUGCUGGGAAAAGUUCCUCUCUUUUUUGGCCAUGACUGCUGGACUCUCUCCACCAACGUGGACGGGCUGCUACACAAGAGGCAGGACGGAGUCAUCGGGUAAGGGAGAGAAAGGGGUGCAAAGGAAAGACGGUCUUUGGCUUGCACAGUCGGAGUGACUUCAUGUUUAAUUUUAAAAGGCUGAAACACUGCCUGUAGCCUCUCCUGUC